GCAAGAUAAGCUAGCUCUAUCAUUUGGUUCAACAGGUGGCUGAAAAAACUCUCUUUGUUUUGUUCUUUGUCACCUAUAUUCCCCACCACAAUUUCUUCAUCUUCCUUCAUUCCCUUUUCUUCUCAAAAGUUUAACUCCUUUACCCAAUCAAUGGAUACCCUUUCUACCUCUGUUUCUUCCCUUAAACUUCCAAACAUACGCAGAUACUCUGCUGAUUUCCACCAUUUCAAGAAUCCCUAUACGACAACAACAUCAUCUUCUUCUUCCUCACCCCACUUCAAUUUCCCAAAAACAACUUCAAUCUCAAGCAAAACCAACUCUUUCACACAUAAAAAGACAACAAAUUUCCCAUUUCUAUCCAAAACCCCACCUCCCAAACAACCCUUUUCCAAGCAUCAAACAGCACAUACAAGAGCUUCAAGUGGGUAUGCUGCAGCACUCAUAGACAUAGGUAACUGCAACAACUCACUUGAAAAACUCGAUAAAGACGUGAGGAAGUUAUCAAGAUGGUUAAGACAUGAUCAGGUGCGUGUUCUUAGGACAGACCCUUUUGUGGGAAAUCAAGAAAAAGGGUAUGUUGUUAAGGAGAUUUUGUCUAAGGGGAAUUUCAACAAACACUUGGUGGGCGUGGUGAAGCUUUUGGUGGAGAAGAACAAAUUGGGGAUUGUGGGUGAAGUUUUGAUGGAAUUUGAGAGGAUUUAUGAUCAGCUUUGCGGGACACAAGUUGUUUUGGUUUCAUCAGAGGUGAAAAUGGAGAAAGAUGAAGCUUUUGGGAUCGCUAAGAAGGUGCAACAACUUAGUGGGGCUGAAAGAGUGAAGGUCAAGGUGAAGAAUUUGGUUAGUGAUAAGAAAAGUAACAAGCUUCGGGAUCUCAGUUUUCAGCUUGAUAGCUUUAUAGUUUAUGCUCGUGGUUCUGACGAGAGGUUCUUCAACUUGAAGGGAAUUAGUGAUCUUGCUAAAGUAUUGAUCAAGUCAGAUCUACAUCAAACUUGGCCACUUGUUUAUUUGCUUAGCAGGUUGACUCUCAUUCUUCCCGUUGCUACUGCUUCUGUGGAAUGAGCUUUCUCAUCCAUGAAGUACAUUAAAAAUGAACUCCGUAAUAGUAUUGGUGAUGAAUUUUUGAAUAGUUGUUUAGUUUGCUAUGUAGAGUGUAAGAUAUUUGCAAAUGUAAGUAAUGAUGCAAUUAUUUAUCGUUUUCAACAUAUGAAAAGUCGUCGAGCACAAUUAUGACUUGA